GUCUCUUACACACCUCCUCAGCAGAAACCUCUAGAAACUACACACUAAAAUGUCUGUCUGGGCUCCCCCUGCUCUGCCUCCCACCAAGCUCGGCAUCCACAGACCCCUCGCUUCUCGUGCCGGUGUCCAUGUCUCCCCUAUCCAGCUCGGUGCCAUGAGCAUCGGCGACAAGUGGCAGGCGUUCGGCAUGGGCAGUAUGGACAAAGAUUCGAGCUUCAAGCUGCUCGACGCGUUCUACGACGCUGGCGGCAACUUUGUCGACACCGCGAAUAACUACCAAGACGAGUCGUCCGAGGAGUUCAUCGGCGAGUGGAUGGAGCAGCGCGGCAUCCGCGACCAGAUCGUGCUGGCCACCAAGUACACGACCGACUUCCGCCGCGGCAAGGGCGGCCAGCACAGUGCCUUCGUCGGCAACAGCGUCAAGUCGAUGCACACUUCCGUCACCGCGUCUCUGAAGAAGCUCCGAACGGACUACAUUGACAUUCUGUAUUUGCACUGGUGGGACUACACUACGUCCGUGGAAGAGGUCAUGGACGGCCUGCAUACGCUGAUCCAGCAGGGCAAGGUUCUGUACCUCGGUGUCUCCGACACGCCGGCGUGGGUCGUCUCGCAGGCAAACACGUACGCGCGGCUGACGGGCAAGACGCCGUUCACGAUCUACCAGGGCAAGUGGAGCAUCAUGGACCGCGACUUUGAACGCGACAUCCUCCCCAUGUGCGUCGCGCAAGGCAUGGCCGUCGCACCCUGGAAUGUUCUCGCGGGCGGGAAGAUCCGGACGGACGCGGAGGAACGGCGCCGCCUUGAGUCCGGCGAGGGGGGUCGCCAGCUGUUCGGAGACUGGAAGCGCACGCCUGAGGAGCGCCAGGUCUGCCUCGAGCUCGAGCAGGUCGCGACGGAGGUCGGCGCGAAGAGCAUCACGUCGGUCGCGAUAGCGUGGAUCAUGCAGAAGGCGCCGCACGUGUUCCCGAUCGUCGGCGGGCGCAAGGUCGAGCACCUACACGACAACAUCGAGGCGCUGUCGGUCCACUUGAGCGACGAGCAGAUCGCGCGCCUGGAUAGCGCCGUGCCGUUCGACAAGGGGUUCCCGUACACCGGCUUUGGCGACGGGACGAGUUAUAAUUUCCUACACCAGUCUGCUGGCCACUUCCAGAGAUGGCCAAAAGCUGGUCCCAUCAAACCCGAGCUUUCGAAGCAGUAGGCGUGAGGGCUGCAUGCCUAGUCAGAGUGAUACACUCCCAACGAGUCUGGAAUAUACUACCUCAGCUAUAAUGUGUAAAUCGAGAUCGUAUCGCGUACCCAGGCCGAUUGUCUUUUGCGACAAAUUAGAAGGAAAAGUUAGACCUU